AUUCUCUGCGUAUUCUCUGAAACAACCAGCAUUUGGGUCCGCAUGAAGGCUUGUAAAAUAUUGAGAGAACAUGGGUUGUGGAUGCAUCACGAUAAGCGCAUUGUGGGGGCGAUCCCGGGAGUACUUAUUGGUGAUGUGUUCUUCUUUUUAGGAUGGAGCUUUCUGUUGUUGGAUUACAUGGGCAGUCUCAAGCUGGUGUUGAUUAUGUACCUGCGAGUCAAAGUUCGAUCGGGGAGCCAAUUGCUACGAGUGUAAUUGUUUCAGGUGGAUACGAGGAUAAUCAAGAUGGAGGAGAUGUGAUUAUAUAUGCAGGACAAGGUGGACAGGAUAAGCAUUCAAGGCAAUGUGUGCAUCAGAAACUGGAAUGCGGGAAUUUGGCGUUGGAAAGAAUUAUUCACUAUGGAGUUGAGGUAAGGGUAAUUCGUGGCUUUAAAUAUGAAGGAAGUGGUUAUGCUAGUGGUGACAUUUAUGUGUAUGAUGGACUAUAUAGAAUUGUCGAAUACUGCUUUGAUAUUGGAAAGGCUGGAUUUGGAGUUUAUAAAUUCAAGCUUGUUAGGAUAGAGAAUCAGGAAGAAAUGGGAAGUGCUAUUCUUCGUUUUGCACAGAACCUUAGGAUCAGACUUAGUGCAAGGCCUACUGGUUAUGUUAGUCUUGAUAUAUCAAGGAAAAAAGAAAACGUACCCGUGUUUCUUUUCAAUGAUAUUGAUGAUAAUCAUGAUCCGUUUUAUUUUGAUUAUCUGGUGAAGAGUGUUUAUCCUCCAUAUGUCUAUCAGAAUGUGGGCAGUGGUAAUGGAUGUGAGUGCAUUGAUGGGUGUGGGGAUAAUUGUUUUUGUGCUAUGAGAAAUGGUGGCCAAUUUGCCUAUGAUUAUAAUGGUAUAUUAUUGAGAGGCAAACCGUUAGUGUUCGAAUGUGGACCACACUGUCAAUGUCCUCCAACUUGUCAGAAUCGAGUGAGCCAGAAAGGUUUGAGGAACAGAUUCGAAGUGUUUCGGUCCAGAGAGACUGGUUGGGGAGUUAGGUCACUGGACCUGAUCCAAGCUGGGUCUUUUAUCUGUGAAUUUACUGGGGUUGUACUCACACGAGAGCAAGCCCAAAUUUUUACAAUGAAUGGUGAUAGUUUAGUCUAUCCAAGUCGCUUUCCUGAGAGAUGGGCAGAAUGGGGAGAUUUGUCGCAAAUAUACCCUAACUAUGUGCGACCAGCAUACCCCUCCAUUCCUCCUCUGGAUUUUGCGAUGGAUGUUUCUAGAAUGAGGAAUGUAGCAUGUUAUAUCAGUCACAGUUCAAGCCCCAAUGCUAUGGUACAGCCUAUGCUUUAUGAUCACAACCAUUUAUCUUUCCCCCACCUGAUGCUCUUUGCAAUGGAGAAUAUUCCCCCUCUAAAGGAGAUCAGUAUUGAUUAUGGUGUAGCAGAUGAAUGGACAGGGAAGCUUGGCCAUCUGCGAUUGACUAACUUGUGUAGUAGGUGAUCCGAUUUUGAAAAUUAUGUGGCACAUCAUUUGCUGAGUUCUGGAGGAAUGGCGUGAGGGAAAGAUGGAAAGAGCCAGGCAGCGUGAACUUGAAAAGUGUCCACCAUCUGACAGUCCUAAAUCUUUGAGGGGGUUAACAACAACUCAACAAGGGGUCUUUUGAUCGGCUCGUAAUAACAGAUGCUAGUGAAAGACUAUACAAAAAUACAAUGUCAAAGCAACCUCAAGACGAGAUUCCUGGUGUUCGACAACCUCAACAUCUCAAUAUCUGACAAGCCUUCAGAUCACCUCUUCUCCUUCUAUGAGGACCCAAAUGCUGGUUGUUUGCGAGAAUACUCAGAGAAUCACACAGCAUUCAG